AUGUAUGACAACCCCCGAUGGUUCCGCCGAUAUAAGGGAGUGAGCAUUUAUUUCUUCCUCUCCCUUCCUAGUACUGCGACUCACCAGUCCUGCUCUACCAAUCAAGCUGCCAACCUACAAGAUGAAUUUGAGGUUUUGGCCGGUGCGCACCCAGCGACGAACCGAGUACUAAGGCUUGGAAUAGCUCUCUGCGUUUCCGCCGAACAUUCGUACUCGUUCCCAAGUCGACAUCGAUUAAGGGUUGCCAUUGAAGAAUACCAGAAGUCUCUCGCGAAACUCGUAGACGACGCCGUCGAGCAGAUCGUGAAGGACAAGACGAGUGACAGUCAACUCUCUGGUACUUUAAUCAAGCUUGUGGCGCAGUCGUCCUUGCUCUGCAAGGAAUGA